AUGGAUGUAUUACAUUAUUCGUUUAGUCUAAGUGCUUGUCCUAAAUGUCAUUUAUUAGUUUGUAAACAUACAAGUCUUGCUGAUCUUGAUUUUCGUUCAAUUGAACAACAACAAGAAAAACAAUCAUUUAUUGAAUCAACCACGAAUACAAAUUCAACUAAUAUUAAAAAUCCUUAUCAAAGAUUAUCAACUCAUGGUAUGAAUUUUUAUAUAUUACCAUCAACAACAACAGCAGGAGAAUCUGAUAAUCGUCAUAGUUGGACAACAUUUGGUAGUAAUUCAAUUGAAAGUACCAAUACACUUGAAAAUCUAUCUAUUGAUCACGAUUUAUUAUGUGAUAAUAUUCCAUUUGCUGAUGAAAAUAUUAUACAUUCAUCAUUAUCAUUAAAACCAACAUUCAAUCAAAUUGUUCGUACACAAUCCGAACGUUGUCAAAAAAAUUUUAAACCAAAAAUUUUCCUAACAAAAAGUUAUUCAUUUUCAACAAUAUAUACAACACCGAAAUCUCUAACAAUCUCACCACAUAUACAAAAUAAUCCAAAACAAUCAGAAAAAUUAUAUUCAAAUUUUUCAAUAUUAAUUUUAAUUAUUCUUAUCAUAUCAUAUCUAUUAACAAAUACAUUUGAUAUUGUUCUUCUUUAUAUAUAUUAUCAUACAAAUUAUGUAUAUUUUACAAUAUUUUUAUCAAUUAUUUUCAUUUGUGAUAUUAUUUUAUGGAUAAAUAAUUUAAUUGAUAUGAAAAAUCUUUCAACACGUUUAUUAUUAAUACCAUUUAUCUUACGUCUUUAUAUACUUUAUGAACUUGUUGAAUUAACAUUAGUUUUAUUUAAUAAAAAUUUAAUUGAUAAUAUACAAAUAUUAAAUACACAAUCGACACCAUUAUCAUCAACAACAACAACAUUGGAAACAAAUAUAUCACAAACAACAAAUUCAUCUCUUAUACAUCCUCAUCAUCAUGAACAAAAACAACAUCAAAUACAAUCCUAUAAAACAAUGAAACGACGAAUUUAUCAUUAUUUAACUUUAUUCUAUUUAAUUCAUUCAAGUCUUUUAGUAUUUGUUAAUCUUUAUUUUUGGUCAAAUAAUUUUCAAUUAUCAACUAAAUCAACAUUAAAUAUGAAUUAUUUUAUUCCUAAAUGGACAACUCAUAAUGAUUUAUUAUUAUCUACUACAUCGAUGAAUAUGAUGCCUAUUCGAUCUUCGAUAGGAUUUUGGUCGAAAUUUGAAAAUGAUCGAAAACAUUUAGCACGUCGAACAAUGUCGUUGAAUUGGACUCGACCAUUAUUUUAUCGAGAAAUUCCACUUAGUAUUCGUCUUCCUUCUUCAUCUACUUUUGUUAUUACUAGUAUUUUAUAUCAUUUAAUAAUGAAUUAUUGUCUCCUAUCAAUAUUUCUCAGUCUUAAACAAAUAUCAUUUAAGAUUAUAAUAUCAUUUGUAUCUCGAUUAUGUUUAAUUAUUACACGUAUUUAUACAUUUAUCUUUUUAUUUCGUCUUAAUGUUUGGUGGUUUAUAAUAACUUUUACCAUUGUUCAUUGUUCAUUAAUGAUGACUCUUUUAAUUGAUCGUUCAAAAUGGAAAGAUACAUAUAAACGAAUGUUUCUUAAAUUAAUGUUUUCUUUUCUAACUCAUAGUUCAAUUAAUGAUAUAUCAAUUAAUACAUUAAUAUCAUUAGAAAAUAUUUCAAUAUUUCUUCAUCGUCUUUAUCUUGAAACAUUUUCAUCUCAUAAUGAAACAACAUUACGUUUAAUUAUAUUUAUUACAAUACUUAUUUCAUUACAAAUUAUUGGUUUUUUAUUUGAUAUUUUAUCGAAAAAUAUUCUUUAUCGAACUGAAACAACAAAUCAAACAAUCGCAAAAUUAUAA